CGGAUCCAAAUUCAAGCCAUCUUCGCACAACCACAGCGUUCACGAGCGACUCCCCAAAUUCUUUCCGAUUCCCCUGCGCGUCGGGCGCGGCUUUGACUUGUGUUUAGGUGUCAGUUAGAUCAAGGGCAUCACAGAGAUUGUUUCUACAGCUUGCUACCUGCAUAUGCCCCCUUCUACUGCCUCACCAGCCGAGGGGAGGCGUGGCUCAGGUGCAGCCGAACAGUCCACACCACAAGCCAAUCGCACAUAUACGAACAUGGCAUCUACGCCCUCCACGCGCACUGUCGCUGCACAGGCCAGCAGCUCUAGCCUAGCUGCUGCUCAGGGAUCACCGAGUAGCCAUAGGACAGUUUCCUCGCAAGCAAUCACCGUGGAGUCCGCUCUUGCUGUGGCAAAUGGCUCUCAUCAAACGGCACUUGAAAAGCUCGUGUCUGAGCGUAAUUCACUCCAAAAUGAGAAUGCUUUGCUGUGGAAGCACCUCGAAAAGACAAAGUCUACUGCCGUAUUGUUUAAAAAAGAUCUUGAUCGCAUUCGUGCGGAACGGGAUCGACUGUUGAGCAUACUCGAGGGAUUCAAAGAUGAGCGCCGCCAACUUCCUGCCGACUACCGGGCGUCCAGCGAUGAUAGCUUAGCCACACGACAAGAUAACGAAAAGCCUGACUCUGGUGAAAAGCAUCAGUCCGAUCCAGAUGCCUCAGCGUCUUCGUCUACCACCAAAGAAGAGCCAAUAGAGUCCCUCUCAGCUCUCGCCCCGUCUUCCCGUUCCCCUGCUCGAAUUACGUCGGACGUUGCCACCCGGGACUCCGCAGAGAAUAAUCCCUCCGAACUAAGACUAUUUCCUCAAUCCACUGCCGCUCCUCCCCCAGCAAAGAACGACCGCACGAACCUUAAGCCUCCCAGGACACCUCCUCAAGUGGUCUCAGAGGUUUCGGACCGGCCUCCAGUUCCUGUUAUACUGACGCCCUCAAAAAGCUCAAGUGAACCAACACCAAGACCAAACCAGUCACCUAGCGAUGUGCACUCUCCUCUCGGCCCCGGAACUUCGGGAAAAGGCGUACCUACAGCUACUACUUCGAUCAAUCUUAUGCUAACCGCUCCUGAUAAUGGUGGGAGAAGGCCCUCUCGUGAGAGCCGAAUUACCUUCCCUGAUGAACCCACGCGAUUUGGAUCUAGUGUGAAACAAGAGCAAACAACAAGCAUUACUGGACAGAGAAGCGGCAAACUAGAUUCACACCCUGAAGAGGAGACUGAGAGCAGAGUUGAAGGUCCUACCUUGAUCCCGUUUCCCAGACCCACGAUCACCUCAUCUCAACCAACCAACGAUCUUUCCCAUGACCAGCUGAUACGCCACCCCGAGCUUGCAGGUCCCUCUAAUGUUAUCGACACGGUGAAAGCUCAGCCAUCCUCAGAUACCCUUGACACAUACCCUAAUGCAGCACCGAUCGUGGAGUCCGUUCCCGAAGUACCGGUAUCACCUCCUGAGCCAACUCCAGCACUUACUCCCGAACAGAACCGGUUCGAAUACAAGGCCGCCAAGCUCCUCCCUGAGGAAGUGGGGAGCACGGUCAUCAAGGUAGAAGGAUCCACGAUUCGACCCAAUGACCGAGGGAAGGAGGUCGUGUCAUUCAUCAUUUUUGUCGCACCGAAGGGGAAAGAGCCCUGGAAAGUUGAGAAGCUUUACAGCGACGUGCUGACACUCGAUGCGAGAAUCCGGGCGGCUGUAGGGAAGACUCAGAGUAAGAAAAUGGGCGCUUUGCCAGAAAAUAGACUGUUCAAAGACAAUGCUCCCGCCAAAGUUGACCAGAGGAAGGCUGCCUUGGAGGUCUAUUUCCAAACUCUGGUUAGCGCCGGCUUUCGCAGGAAGGAUGAUAUUUGCAUGUUUUUCAGCACUGGUAUCGUUCGACCUGAGAGGGCUCCCGUUCACGUUCUUGGUCACAAGGAAGGCUAUCUCACUAAGCGUGGAAAGAACUUCGGCGGGUUUCUGCGCUGGAAAACAAGGUACUUCGUCCUUCAAGGCGCCACACUUGAAUAUUACGAAAGCCGCGGUGGCCAACACCUUGGGUCUAUUUAUCUGGGAGGCGCCCAGAUCGGCCGUCAGCAGCAGCGCUCAGGGAUACCUUCAGAUGACGAUAACGCGUUUAGGCAUGCAUUCCUUAUUAUCGAGGGGAAGAAACAGUCCAGCAGUUCUGUCCGACAUGUCUUGUGUGGUGAAAGCGAUACAGAUCGAGAAUGUUGGAUCGAUGCCCUGUCUAUGGCAGUGGCCGUGGAGGAUGAUCGGCUGAACACAGCGCCGCAACCGACGUCUGUCAAUACCGGCCUCAUGCAAAGACCUGCAACAACUCGCAGUUCGACGAGCUCUUCUGUUGUGUCUCCUACUGACUUACCCACUGCGAAACCCACUGCCCGCCGUGCCGCCUCACGAGAUGACAUGAAUAAUGUCCGCGAAAUGGGGAAUGGUUCUAGCGUUGAUCUCCCUGCUACCGCUAUGCCUGUACCUGACAGCAAUACCGUGGUUCGGAAGAUAAUGGGUAAAGGAAAUGGCAGCAGUGUUCCUUUCUCGAGUUCGAUGCCAACAAGUUUAGACCAUCUUUCCCAAAAUGGGCAGAUACCACGAGCAAGCUCAGAACUGGGACAUUAUCCUGACAUGGCUGACAACCGCCCGAACCCAUCCGCUCCACGACCUCGAGUAGCCUCUUAUAACCCUGCCAUGUCUGGCUCCAAGUCAUCGCUUGGUGGUUCAAGAGACCUGUCUCUUGACAGCGGCGUCACAACCACAACUAGCUCUAAGGGAAAGGUAAUAUCGAUAUCGGGGCCAUCUAACGGCAUGCCCAUACCUCCAGGGUAUAGCUUUGGUGUAAAGGACUCAGCUGCUGGCGAAACAAAUAACGAGAGGGAACGCAAAGUCAAGUCUGGCAUUUUCACAAGACUGACGAAGGGUAUACACGGGUCGUUGCAGCCUCAAGUUGCUCCACGUGCCGUUUUUGGUGUCGUUCUUCCUGAUGCCCUGGCCGUGUCCCAGAUCGCAAACCUUCCGGCUGUUGCUUUCCGGUGCAUACAGUAUCUUGAGGCCCAACAUGCCGAACAAGAGGAAGGUAUCUAUCGACUGAGCGGCAGCUCAGCCGCCAUGAAGUCGUUGAAAGAGCGUUUUAAUGCUGAGGGUGACAUUGAUUUAAUGACCCAGGACGAAUUUUAUGAUCUUCAUGCUAUUUCCGGAUUACUCAAAACCUAUAUCAGAGAGAUACCUGGAACAAUCCUCUCCCAUCAACUCCACUUCCGCUUCCUCCGCAACGUCGAUUUUGCGGAAGAGGAGGAAAAGAUAGCCGACUUGCAGACGCUUGUGGCUAUGCUUCCUUUCCCAAACUAUUGUCUUCUUCGGGCCGUCAUAGCACACCUUAUUCUUAUUGUUCAACAUGCGACAGUGAAUAGGAUGACUAUGAGAAACGUGGGAAUAAUUCUAAGCCCAACUCUCCAAGUCCCAGCCGGCGUGCUUUCUCUAAUGCUCUCCGAGUUUCAGCGUGUGUUCAACGUUGAUGGCGACUUCGUCGAGACUGGGUUCAAUGAACCUUCUGGUCCACUAGAAACUUUAGAAGUAGUGCCACGACUGAGAGAUCAGUCUACUGCGAUUCACCCAAGCAAGCGUAAUUCUCUGAACUACGCCGAAAGCUCCGCAGAUCGCUUACUUGGCUUAGCAGGUCGUACUCUUACUGCAGCGGACGAAGGCGACUCUGAUGAGGAGCCAGAGUCAAUCAUCCAAGAGGAUAGUGGCACGGAAACCGAUGCCACCCAAUCCGUUUUAGGUUCCGAUGACAUUGACGAACCCGCCGACAACGCGCCUGGUCUGGUCAUAACCUCGUCCCCCGAUACUCCGAACCCUAACUCCUAUAGACCUUCCAUCGAAAUCACAAAUUUGAUCAGUGGCACACCAACCAAGGUGCGGACGACACACUCCGCUGCUGUUGCUGCCACUCGCGGUUUACACAUACGCACGGAACGGGCUCGGAGUCAAUUGCUUCCUGGACCAUCACUCCCUUCCUCGCCUCGUCCGAACGCUUCUCCUCGGCCCAUGCCGCGCAGCGGUGCUAGCCCAUAACUGGAAUGUCGGAAUCGGUGACAACAUAUGGUUUGCACAGUUUCUUGUACAUUUCCAGCAUAUUUUUAUAAUACCAGUAUGGCCUAUUCUUGUAUCAAGCCGGAUUUUUCUUCAUUUUUUUCGGUACUUGGAGGAGUGCUGGUGACCACCUAUGAUCUCUUGUCACCUUGUUUAUUGCUUUCUGCCUGAAUGUAAAUGCG